AUGUGCGCGCCAGCAGCCCAACACCUGCCCGGCGGCCCCGCGGAGGGCGUCCUUGUGCCCCGGGGCACCACGGCCGGAGGUCACCGCAGCCCCGAGGGCACCGCGGCCCGAGGUCACCGCAGCCCGAGGUCACCGCAGCCCCGAGGUCACCGCGGCCCGAGGUCACCGCGGCCCGAGGUCACCGCAGCCCCGAGGUCACCGCGGCCCGAGGUCACCGCGGCCCGAGGUCACCGCAGCCCCGAGGUCACCGCAGCCCCGAGGUCACCGCAGCCCGAGCCCGAGGUCACCGCAGCCCGAGGUCACCGCGGCCCGAGGUCACCGCAGCCCCGAGGUCACCGCGGCCCGAGGUCACCGCGGCCCGAGGUCACCGCAGCCCCGAGGUCACCGCAGCCCCGAGGUCACCGCAGCCCGAGCCCGAGGUCACCGCAGCCCGAGGUCACCGCGGCCCGAGGUCACCGCAGCCCGAGGUCACCGCAGCCCCGAGGGCACCGCAGCCCGAGGUCACCGCAGCCCGAGCCCGAGGUCACCGCAGCCCGAGGGCGCCGCAGCCCCGAGGGCACCGCGGCCCGAGGUCACCGCGGCCCGAGGUCACCGCGGCCCGAGGUCACCGCGGCCCGAGGUCACCGCAGCCCCGAGGUCACCGCAGCCCGAGGUCACCGCGGCCCGAGGUCACCGCAGCCCCGAGGUCACCGCAGCCCCGAGGUCACCGCAGCCCGAGGUCACCGCAGCCCCUGGAGGGCGUCCCGUGCCCCGGUCACGGUGCCACCGCAUUCCCUGCGCCUGACUCCGCGAACACACGGGAACUGCCUCUCGGGUCUGCAGUGUAGAUGGUCCCCUGCUUUCCGGGAGAGCCUGGGCUGGUCCGACCGCCGGGGCCUCCGGGGCAGCGCUGCUCUGGGACCCCGUGCCCCCCGCAGCUGCCCCGGGGCAGCACCGACCGCCGCGCCCCAGGGGCCCUCCGCAAACCGCGGGCGCCGGGAGCCCCCGCACAGCCCGCCCCGCGGAGCCCGCCUGCAUGCCCCCGCGCCGCCGUCCCCUCCGAAAAGCGCGGGGCCCGAUGUGCGCAUGCGCGCUGCCGACGUGCUCGGGCCCGCGCCGUGCGAGCUCCAGUGCCGGCGGGGCCGACUGCCCUAUGACCUUGGUUACUGGCACUCGAACCCUCCCACCGUAUCAGGAGGCUUCAUCUUUUACAAACGGGACAUGUUAGAGCUCUAUCUGAUACCUCAGCGCCGGUAG